AUGGCCCAGACAAUUCAGGAAGCUCUCGCUCACCGAAGCGGCAGACAAACAACUCCAGAAGGUCAGCGUGUGGAAUACCUCAAUACCGUCGAGGCUUAUGAUAAAUGGGCAGAGGUCUACGACACAGAUGGAAACUUCCUCCAAGCCCUUGACACAGUUGAAAUGAAGGAAUUACUCCCGCGGUUUCUAGGCCUUGUUCGAGCCCAGGACCAGACGGAAAUAGAACCCGGUAAUCACCAUCCAGGCAUUAAAUUAGUAGACUUGGGCUGUGGUACAGGUCGGAAUACCCUACAGUUGGCCAAAUCAGCGUCCAAGGAUGCCCGGAUCAUCGGACUGGAUGCGUCGUCGGGCAUGUUGGGGGUUGCUAGGGAGGCUCUUCGGUCAAAGUUGGGCAUCGUGGGUGGUGAUGAGGUUACACUAGAUUUGGGCGAUGGUGCGUCUGGAUUGAUUUCUACCCUUGUGCUGGAACAUAUUCCCGGGGACAAGUUCUUUGAGGGUGCUGCAAGGCUGAUUAAACCCGGAGGAUAUUUUCUUGUGACAAAUAUGCAUACGGAGAUGGGGACAAUGAGCCAGGCUGGAUUUGUGGAUGCGAAGACUGGGAAGAAGAUUAGGCCCACAAGUUAUGCGCAUAAGGUUGACGAUGUGGUGGUUUCUGCAGAGCGCUUUGGGUUCGAGCCUGUGGCGCUGGAUGAGGGAGGACAGAGAGUAAGGGAGAGGAGCGUGGAUGAGGCCAUGGUGGAAGGGUUGGGGGAAAGAGCGAAGAAGUGGGUGGGUGUUACGGUGUGGUUUGGAAUUUGCUUUAGGAUGCGGGUUGACUAG